UUUAAUCUUUCUCUUCCUCUCUCAUUCCAGACUGAAGAACUUUAGGUGCCUAGAAUAACUUUGCCAUUUAUUUUUCCGUUACCCCAUGAGUUUAACCCAUUACCUGAAGGAGAACCAGCUAUUCACUACCCAGAAACCCACUGCCACACCACACCAUGAAAGAAGAGAUUUCCGCAGCAGUUCUCUUCAUCUCCAAGUUAAUCAGCCGAAAUGAAAAUGUAAAUGACGAGAGGAUGGCCAAGUUUGAGCAGAGAUUGGGAGAACUGUUGCAGGAACGGUUUAGCAAUCACUGGCACCCCGAGCGUCCCUGGAGAGGUCAAGGUUACAGGUGUUUACGAGUGAAUGAGAAUUCGAGAAAAGAGCCGACGAUAGAACGCGCAGCAAGGGAAAGUGGCUUGAAGUAUGUGGACUUGAAUCUUCCAGUUGAGUUAACCAUAUGGGUUGAUCCUGAGGAAGUGUGUUGUCGGUUUGGAGAACAGAAAGGCUCGUGUUGCACCGUUGCUUCGUUCAGGGAGGGAAAUAAGGAAAAUUACAUUGAGAAGUUUGACUUUUCCCAAAUUGAACGUCCAAAUUCUACUCCAUCGGGCAUGUCCAAGCCAUCGGAAGUACUGAAGGAGAGAACCUUCAAUACCAGCAACAACAUGAGUCCUCCAUCAAGUACCCAAUCCACACCCACCAAGAAGAAAUCCUUUAGUCCAACUCAUACAGGGUUUGGUUUGAAAAACCAGACCUCUCCAGGUAGAAAUAACAUGAUGAAUAACCGUGAUAGAAGACCCUUUGGAAAUCACCAUAAUCAUUAUAGCAACAACCAUCAAAACCACCACAACAGUCACCCCCAGAGUGGAUCGUACUCGCCACCUUUCUUCAAGACGCAAUCAUGGCUUAACCUGAGUCAGACUCCCCCACCACCUCCUCCUCAUCUGCCCCUCUUCAGUUCUACUGGUUUCAUCUACCCUCCUGCAGCACCUCCACACUACACCCAUGCCCACACUGGCCCCCAUUUCCCACGCUCUCCUCCAAACAUGGGUCCCCAGAAAUUCAAGUGGAACAGCGGUAACUUCCCUCGUAAUGACCGGCACCAAUGGUUUGGCCACAGAGCUUUGGCACGGGUGUAAAAUUGAUAUUUUGUCUGCGGGGGGCACUUGGGGCUUUUGAGAAAAUGGUUGUUGGAAUGAGCUUACCUACUGGCUUAGUGAACAUAUCCUUUAUAGAUAUUACCAUGUGAUAGAUAUAGCAUUAUAGAUAUUAUCUUAAUUGUUGACUAAUUCACAGUAGAUCGAUCUCACUAGAAUUAAUUUCUCGAUGUUUUGAGGUAGAUUUUUGCUGAACUGUUAAUUUGGAUGCACCAAAAUAAUGUGCUUUUUCAUCCUUUUUCUUUUUUUUUCUUUCUUUCUUUUAUUUUAUUAUAAUUAUUUUUUUUCUUCCCUCCAAGUGCCCCUUGUGAUAUUACCCAAAACUGAACACAUGAAUAUUUGUAUUAUAUGCAUGUGUCUGUGGAGGGGAGGAAGGCACCUUGAGCAAGUUCAGUACAGAUUUAAAAGAAUUUUGAAAGAAACGACUGGGCUUUUGAGUAUUAAUGACAUUUUUAACUCUUAAAUAAACAGGUGAGGAUUUUUUUUGUAUUUUAGAAAUUUGAGGCUCCGCUAUAGAAGAGUGAUAGUUGAUCUACAAAGUGCAUUUGCAGAGAGUAGUAUACAUUAUAGCUUUAUACCAGGUGGAAUAUAAUCACAGGAGUGGUGCUCUCAGUGUAAGGCUUUAAGUUAGGAAUUCUCUUUUGGAUAAUUUCCAAAAAUUAUACCAAGGCAUGUAAAGAGUUUUAGUUUGGAAAAUGCUCAAGCGUGCCUGCUCAACUGUGAUUCCAUAGUCGGCCGACCCUUGUUACACAGAGUUCAAAGGAAUACGAGUGAGGCAAGACCUUCAUUUACCUUCUCAUAAAGCAGGUACCUGCAGUUUUAGGAAAGGUCCCACAUACACACACAAAAAAAAAAGAAAAGAAAAAAAACCAAUGCAUCAUAGAUUCAGAAGUAAUUUAUUUAAAUAGCACUAUAUACCUCAUUGAGAAUGGACCAGUAUUUUUGGGUAUUAUCCCUGGUAUUAUGAACAAAUAUUGAUAUAAAAAAAAAGAUAAUGAAAAGAUGCCCAGACACAUUCUCAGGAGCUUGUGCACAAAACUGUAGUGAUUUACCUCAACACCUUUACCUUGCUGUUUAUAGCAGAUUGCUUGAUAAGGACAAAUUACUAAUGAACUGGAAAUAUGUUUAUUUUCUGUGUAAUAGUAUGGGCACUUUCAGAGAUUAAGACUACUUUGUCCCCUUUGCAUAAAGUGUCGUAGAUUUCGUCAUAGGUAAUUGUGAUGAUGCAUACUAUGAUUUGCUGUGUCUGUGGGACGUGCAGUAAAUACUCUUAUGAAUUUUUUGCCAUUAUUGCACAUAUUAUCAAAAACUCUAUUGUUUAAGUAUUACAAUUUAUGUAUAUAAAUAGAUAUAUAUAUAAAGUAUAUAUAUAAAGAGAGCAUGAUUGAAAAAUAUGAGAAGAAAAAAAAAAUGUAUGAUCAUAUUUCACACCUCAGUAGUGCUAAUGCUUUUUUCUGCUAGUCUUCUCUUCCUGCCCAACUAUUUUAGUUGAAAAAACAUUCAUGAUUCCCUGUGAAUUCUGAAAUGUUUGUUUUGGUGAAUUGGUGCUUGAUAAUAUUUCCCCCUAGAAAUAUGUAUUGAUUGUCCAGGUUCUUUGCAGCUAAUCACAAUAUCAUUUAUUUAAAAAAAAGGGAAUUAAAAAAAAUAUAUAUUUAUAUAAUGGAUUAGUUUAAUUAUAUUUUAUGUAAUGAUAUUUGAUAAAAGUAGUACUAAUUAAUGUGUUAGGUUCUGUGCAAGAGAGAGAAAGAAACAUUGAACAUUACGUUGUUCACUUUAUGUUGAUUUGGUAGAUUAGUAUUUUUCAUUACCAUUUCCGACAACCAAAGUUAUGAAACUGACAAAAAAAUAUUCUGUAUUACACUGACACACAUUCAUGCUCACACACACAUAAAUGCAUACAUUCUCAAGUUUUUACUUAGCUGUUGAGGUUUUAUGCUUAUAAAUUUAUUGAAGAACAGGAACUUUUAUUUAUAUUUUGUAUAGGACCCUCUGGUAUUAGAAUAUAAAAAUUAACAGAUAUAUUUAUUGUAUUUCAUUGUUGUAAGGAAACGUUGCUCAGAAUGUAAGCUUAGUCCAGUAAACCUUUCACCUGAGGAAAACCAUUAACAAACAUUUCCCGUCCAUUCAUUCUAGUGGUUCUCAUGGGCUUAGGCUUAGAAUAUUACUUAAGCGCAUAGUCUUGUAAAUUCCCUCAACCCUCCUGACCCCUUAAGAAAUCCUUAGACCCUUUUCCCCACAGACCCUCACGGAAUUCUCUGUUAAGCCUUGCCCUACAAGUGCCAUAUGGAUGAUCUUGCUUACAAAGGUGGUGUGACAUGAGUUCUAACUGUUAAGUGUCGUCAAAGCACAAAUUUUUCAUAAUUUUUGUUGUUGAGAAUUGUUAUUGAUGAAUAGGUCUCUCAACAUAUUGUGGAAAAUGUACAAUAGUUCUCCCCUUUUCCCCCCUGAAGGUAUUUGUAAUUAUCAUUGCAUUGUAUAUGUAAAUGGUAGUUUGAUAAGGUACCACACUUUCUCACUGAGCAGUUAAUAUUAUUCACAAUAUCCAGAUUUAUGGUAUUCGAGGUAUUGAAUUAUUGUAUUACACAUUUGUAAGGAAAGUAAGAAAUAACAUAUUUUCUCCCCCCCCCCCUCCCUUUAAAAGAAUUUUGCAUUGUUAUUGAUAGAGGAUUGAAUAGUAGGUUUCAAGUAUUUAUUCUUUUUUGCCUAUGCUUGAUAAUGCACAACAUAGAUGUAUAAUGUAUUUCAAAUUGCAACUUUUUUUGUUUUCAUUUUUUUCCAAAAUAAUUUUACAAUCCCAUGUGAUGAUGUGCAUUUUGAGGCUUCAUCAGUAUAUUGAUAUGUGUUCUGUCUGCGUAGUUAGAAGGGCCUCCCGUUUUCCAUUGGGACCUGCACCUCGCAUCCCAAGCCUUUAGGGUGACGUGGGUGCUGCGAGAAUUGAUUAUGGUAAGGGUUGGGUUAUUCUAGUGGAAUGUUGUAGACCCUAUGUUUAGUUAGGAAAUUUAAUCGGUGGAUAGUAAUACAUAAACUUUGAAAAAAAUAUUUUUGAAGGUUGUGUAAAGGAAUAAUUCUAGCAAAAAUAUCAUUUUAAUAUUACCCAUAGUGAUACUUACAAAUAGACAUCUUUGUGGUAGAACUCGACAUUUUCUUGGAUUUUGGCAAAUAAUUGUGUUAACUUUUACCUCUCAUAAGAUGUAAUCUAAAACAGAAAGUAAUAUUACAAAUAGUACAAAGUACAACUUAUUUAUUGAAUUCCAAGGAAGAUGAACGAGAUUCUUCUUGAACCCUUUUUCAAGCUGUAGACCUGAACAUAGAUAAGACUAACAUAGUAUUAAACAUCAAUAUGAAGCUUGACAUGGGAAUGAUAAUGUCCACAGUUGUUUCUCUACAGUUAAUAUGUUGUUGAAUUUCAGUAUUUUAUUUGGUUCAAGAUAGAAUGUACUAAUAUUAUAUAGUUAGUCAUAAAAUUGCUAUUAUGAAAGGAAUAGUGUGUAAACUUUAUCCUUUAAUCUUUUCAAGGCUGCAUAGGUAUGUCUGUAAUGCAAAAUUUGUAUCAGUAUCUAAGCCUGCAGUAACUGCCUGUUACAGUUCUUGCAAAAGUGGCACAUACCUCUAAUGUCAUGUUGUGGUGCUCGAGUUAGAGGUGUUGUUCUGCUUGUACUCAUCUUAAUCUCCAGACAUUAGGUAUAGUGCUUCGUGUUUUGAUUUCUGUAUUUUACCAUGUAAUAUGAAUGGUAAUGGCUAUUAUUUCAAUUUCUUAAGUGAUUGCAUCUCUGUCCUGUGUAAUUGCUCUGAUUACCAAGUCACUCUCCUAACAUAUUGGCUUUUUGAUGAAGAGGUACGUUUUGCUCAAAAGUGUUCCUUGAUGUUUGGUCUUGAAAUAUUUGUAUAUUACUCUGGUCACAAGUUGCAUGCCAAAAUAUUUGAUCAUAUAUCUUUAUUUACCAACUAAUAAGUGGAUCUUUGUUUAGAAAAGAGUGCCUGUUUUGUUGAUUUGGUUUGGCAAAGUGAUUUACUUUAAGUGUAUGUGAUAGUUUUUACCAAGAGCAAAACAAACAGAAGGAGUUGGCCUUGUAAACUCCUGGGGGUCGCCUAGUGUGACCGCCUGUCAGUGUAGUUUACUAACAUGUACUAACAGAUGCAGGUUGUUUGCUGAUUUGCCAGUACUAACGGUUACUAACAUGAAUUUAUCUCAAAUUUCUCUGUUGAAUGUGUGUGUAAGUGUGUGCUUAGUUAGACAUCAGAUUCAAAUUUUGAUUGUGGAUUGUAAAAGUUAGCUAUGAAUUAUUGAUUUCAUUCUUUUGUACCUGUUUUGAAAAUGACUAGAAUUAUAGGGACCAAGGUGAUCCAUUCUCUGGUAAUCAGAGGCGAGUUUGCUUGCUGUUAAACAGUGGAGAUAAUUCAUCCUUACCAGUAAUCACCUGAUAUGAAUAAUGGCAAAUAGCGAGUGUUUUUUUUUUUUUUUUUUUUUUUUUUCUCUCUGUUGGUGGAUUAAAAAAAUUGUGAAUAGGAAUAAGAAGCUUUUGUUUUGCUCUUGGGCUAAUUCCUUCCAUCCAGUAUUUUGAAAUUGUUUAAUUUGGGCAGUUUUGUUCUGUCUUGAGGCUUUUUGUAGUAACAUGCAUAUCUUUUCUGGUGAAGGUCCAAAUGAUAAACAUGUUUACAUGUUUUGGAGGCUUACGUAUGAGUAAUACUUAUGUACCAGGAUGUACGAGUAAUAACAUAGUUAUUAUUGGUAUGGCAUUGUACCUGUAAGACAAUUUAUGCUUUACAGUGUUUUGGUGUUUCUUUUUUGUAGGUUUUCUUUAAGACUUGUGCCAGAAGCUACAGCAUUUCCUUUUCUUUGUUUUAUUUAUAUCUUUAUUCUUAUUUCUUUUCUAUUUCUUUUGAGGUAAUUGCAAUAUUCUUUGGUUAAAUGCUUUGCACUUUUAUGAUUCUUUUUUCAUCCAGAUAAAAUGUGAUCAAGUUCCUUAGUUAUAUUUUUUCCAGAUUUAUACUAGGUAUUAAAGUCAAAGUCAAGCUAAAAAGUAACAUUUAUGAAUUGGGUGCUAGAAAAAAAGUUUGUUGAAGGCAGAAAAGCUGUUCUCCAUAGCAUUUAGUGUUGUAACAAAAACUUCAUGCAACUCUUGAGUUCACCUGAUGUAUUAAGAUAUGUGAAGUAUCCAGUAGCUGUUAACAUGACAGGUAGGAAGCUGAUAGGACUUCAAUAUAAUCUUCCUAAAUUCAUAGAUAUGUUGUUUCCUCAAAGGUAUUACCAAUUUUAUUUGACUUGUUUACCAUAUUUAACUAUAUGUUCAUGUUUUCAUUGUGAACACAAGUGUUCUCAGUCCAAUCCAGCCUCUCUUAAUGUUGUAUUAUUUCUUUGAAAACAAUAAUGUACAGUUAUUUCUUCUUUAAAUAGAGAAUAGGUCAUUGUUUACCUUUUUAUGGUUUUCAGUUUUGCUGUUUUUUUUUUUUUUCUUGUGUAUAUUCAGUUGAAUGAUUUGUAAUAAUUUGAAAACAAAAAAGUUGAGCAUCUCUUUGAAACAUUCCAUAAUGAGGGUUGUACUAUCCUAUAUGUAGAUGCUAUUUUUAACUGAAUGAAUGAAAUGUAUAUAGGUUUAUUUCUUAAAGAAAUUGUGUGUAUAUACUGAAGUUAUUUUUUCAUAUUUUUCUGUGGCUCAUAAUGUGUGCUGAAAGAGGUAAUUUCAGGGGCACAUGGCUUAUUUUCGACAACAUUAACUUGAAUUGUUAUAUUUGUAGAUGACGGAAAACUAUUUAAUGGUACCAACCCCUGUAGUGCUGUUGUUUUAACUCUAGUCAAAAGUUCUGCUCGUGGUGCAGAGUUCUCUUUUUGUUAAUCACUUUUAAGAGGCUGGUAUGCCUACAUUGUAAGGGUAUUUAAUGAAUUUCUGAAGAUAAUAUACCAAGUUGGUGGAUAACAAUUUUGUGUUAAUAUCUGAGGACCUGUUAUGUUUUGAAUGUUGAUUUUUCAUAAUUUAACUAGGAAGUCUUUUUUUUUACAUUAGUAUUUAACGCAAACUUAUAAAUUACUUAUAUUUUUAUUUAGAGGGGUGCAAUGUUGACUUGUUAGAUCCUUAUUGUCAAAUGAAUGGAUGCUGAAGAAUAUUUCUCUAUUCACUGAUUUAGAUCAGGUGAACUCGUGAGUUAAUGAUAUGGUUAGUAAUAACUGCUGCAAACUGUGACAUUGAUCAAUAGAAAUAUAUUCCAAAAGGAGAUUAAUUGUGCAGCAUUUGAGACAGAACGAAAUUACUGAAAUAUGAUGAUAAAACCUCAAAAGGUUAUCAAAGAUUGGGGCCACAAUCUUGAGACUUUGCAGGUAUGCUGUAGACUUCUUCUUGCUCCCUCUUCAGAAGUUAAUGUUAUUAUUGAUGUAAUAAAGGAAUGUAUUUUAGGUAAAUAGCAAAUUUUAUUAUAUUCUCAGAAAAUUUUAAUUGUACAGUUUUUAUUGCAUUGCAAAA